AGUAAUUUGUACUCUAUCCAUUAAUUCUUUGACUAUUGACUCCAAUGCCAUCACCUUCUUCCUUCUUCUCUUCAUACAAGUCCAAGUCUUUAGUCCAACCUUGAGCUUCAAGUUCAACCUUAUUCUUCUUAUUCCUUCCCCAUCUUCCUCUUUAUGUACUACCAAAUUCCCCUAACUCAAUUCACAAUCCAAUCUCAAAUUUUCACUUUCUUCCCCCAUUCAAAUCUCACACCUUUCUCAAUUUCCUUUCAAAAUUCACAAACUUUACACUGAUUUCCCAUCUGGGUUUUGUUCAUUCUUGCUUAAAUUCAAUUGGGGUGUUCUUAAAUUUGCAUCUAAACCCUAAAGUUUCAACCUUUAAUGAAAUUUUCAGAGGUAACAAACAUGGGUGCAACUGUAGCUGCAACUGCAACUGCAACACCAGAGCCAAGUGACAGAUUGGCUGAUUCUGAUCCAAUUGAACUGACAGGAAAAAUCAUGGUGGUAGCUAUAAUUUUCCUGUUUGUAGUUGUUAUGUUUGUUCUAAUGCUUCACUUAUAUGCUAAGUGGUUCUGGUGGCGUUUUGAGGAGAGAAUACCUCCUCAGCAAAGAAACCGCCGUCGUCGACGGCGGUUUCAAUUUGCUCCUGGUCAAGAUCCUAUCAUCUAUGGAAGUGGAACUCACCAAAUUGGACUUGAAGCUUCAAUUCUUAAGUCCUUGCCUGUUUUGGUUUUCAAACCAGAAGAUUUCAAAGAUGGUUUGGAAUGUGCUGUUUGUCUUUGUGAUGUUGAUGAAGGAGAAAAGGCUAGAAUUUUACCAAAAUGCAAUCAUGGAUUUCAUUUAGAUUGCAUUGAUAUGUGGUUUCAAUCUCAUUCCACUUGUCCUCUUUGUAGGAAUCUAGUUUCUAAUGAAUCUUCUAAGCCUAAUAGUACUUCAAAUGCUGAAGAGAUCAAUGUGUUAGUUUCAUCGGAAGAUGAAAAUUUGAGUAAUAUGAAUGGUUUAGAGUCUUCAAAUUUUCCAACAAAUGUUUUGGUUUUUGGUAAUUGCCAAACCCAAACCCAAACACAAGUUAGUCCUUUUGGUGUUUCUUUGGAAGAAGGAAAUUCUCAACAACAACCUUGUUCAACAUCAUCAUCAUCAUCAUCUUCUUUAGCUAGUGUUAAUAAUACAAUGUUGGUGAUUGAUAUACCAUUACCAAGUGAGUUUGGUUCUUUCUCUUUGUCAUCUUAUGAUAGUUGGUGUGUUGAAGUUGAAGUUGAAGUUGAAAAUGAGAUGAAAUCACCAAUGUCAACAAGAUUGAGGUCAUUUAAGAGGCUUUUAAGUAGGGACAAGAAGUUAAGUCCUUGCAGUCCAGGUUCUAUGGAUGUUGAACAAGGCCAUAGCUAGCAAGAGACCUCUAAAACCGUUAUAUUUCGACUGCAAUUGCGGUUGAGAUAGUAAAUCAAGAGUUAUAUAUGCUACUUUCCUUCCAAUAUUUGUGCACAUAAUUGCUAAGGAUGGAUGCUACAUUAAGUGAAAAUCAUUUGAAGUGUUUAUACUGUAUAAAUUAUGACAGGUUACUUAGUUUGUUUUUGUAGUGUUAUUGUUUCCAUUGUAAACUUUACUUGCAAUUACAAUGAUAAUAUGGAUGAAAUGCAAUGAGAUGCAUACACGUGACUAUGUUAAUAAUACAUUGAAUAUUUUA